CUAGUUUGUCACUUUGUCGUCGCAGCAAGGUAGCAGCUCUCGCUCUAGCUCUCUGCUUGUCCGCAAAGCCCUUGGAUCAACUCAGCGGCGAACUUGGACUCCAACCUUGGCCUGUACGCUGUACCUACAAAAGGUGGCGCUAUGGUAGCUCGUCUUGUGCAUCGACUCACGCCACCACGCACCUCCUCGUACGCGUCCGAGCAGAUGGCGCCGGCUGCGGGGACGGUGGCCAGCAGCAGGCACAAGAAGUGGUCGGACGAGUGCAGGAACCUGUGGCGCGUCGCGGGGCCGGUGAUCCUGACCGGGAUCUUCCAGUUCCUGCUCGGCUUCGUCACCACGGCCUUCGUCGGCCACAUCGGCAAGGUCGAGCUCGCUGCUGUCUCCAUCGUCAACGGCGUCGUCGAGGGCCUCGCCUUCGGCCUCCUGCUUGGCAUGGGGAGCGCGCUGGAGACCCUGUGCGGGCAGGCCGUGGGCGCCGGGCAGCUCCAGAUGCUGGGGGUGUACAUGCAACGCUCCUGGAUCAUCUGCCUCGCCACCUCCCUCGCCCUGCUCCCGCUCUACGUCUUCACGUCCCCUCUCCUCCGCAUGCUCCGGCAGUCCGCGGACAUCUCGGCGGUGGCGGGGCGGUACGCGCGCUGGUGCGUGCCGCAGCUGUUCGCGUACGCCGUCAACUUCCCCAUCCAGAAGUUCUACCAGGCGCAGAGCAGGGUGUGGGCCAUGACGGCCAUCUCGGGCGCCGCGCUCGCCGUGCACGCGCUGCUCAGCUGGCUCGUCGUGGCCAGGCUCGGGCGCGGCCUGGCCGGCGCCGCCGUCGUCGGCGACGUCUCCUGGUGGCUCGUCAACGUCGCGCAGUUCGUCUACCUCGUCGGCGGCUCCUUCCCCGACGCAUGGACAGGGUUCUCGCGCAAGGCGUUCGACAGCCUCGGCGGCUUCGUCAGGCUCUCCGUCGCCUCGGCCGUCAUGCUGUGCCUAGAGAUGUGGUAUUAUACGGCAGUGCUCAUUCUGGUGGGAUGCCUGAAGAACCCAGAGAUUCAAGUCGAUGCGAUUUCCAUAUGCAUGAACUACCAGCUUUGGACACUGAUGGUUGCUGUUGGCUUCAACGCUGCAGUAAGUGUUCGCGUGUCGAACGAGCUCGGCGCCAACCACCCAAAGGCGGCCAGGUUUUCCGUGGUCGUCGCCACCGUCACGUCGGCCGCCGUCGGGGUGGUCUUCACGGCCGUCGCUCUGGCGGCGAGGAAGCAGAUGCCUCGGCUUUUCACCGGCGACGACGUGGUCGUCAGGGAGACCGCCAAGCUAGGGUACCUCCUAGCCGCUACCAUAUUCCUCAACAGCGUCCAGCCGGUGCUGUCAGGCGUGGCGAUCGGUGCCGGGUGGCAGUCCUUGGUCGCGUUCGUCAACGUCGGCAGCUACUACCUCGUUGGCCUGCCCCUCGCGGCCGUGUUUGGCUUCAAGCUGAAGCUCAAUGCUACGGUAAGACAAGCAUGGGAUUUGGGUGGGAGUGUUGAUCGGAACGGUAUUACAGACUGUGAUUCUGUUCGUAAUACUCAGCAGAACCAAGUGGCAAAAAGAGGCUAUGCUAGCAGAAGAGAGGAUACGGGAGUGGGGAGGAAAUGUCGAGCUGCCACAUACUCAAGAAACGGGGCCAAGUGAAAGCACUGCCGCGCCAGACGCAAGAAAGGGGCCCAAGUGAAAAACAUCGUGACACCGGUUUGAUAGGAAACUACUAAAGCAUUGUGACCAUUUUCAGCCACCAGAAUCAUUUGAUUAAUGUGUGAAGUGUGGAGUGGGAGUACUUGUAAUAGAUGGGAAAAAGUGAGACAUGACAGGGUCAAACCGAUGGCCUCUUCUUAGGGCUA